AUUCAGGACACCUGGUUCAAAACCCAUUUGGUACCUUACCCAGUCGAAGAAAGUGAGGGCCGCGGACGAAUCAGACUGGCAUCGCAGCAGAACCCUCGAGAACUCAUGGACGGUGAAAUGACUGAACAGUCCCUGCUCCCGGAGAUGGUCCCAAACGGCAUGAUCGUUGUGCUUGAGCGAGGAGCACACGAGAGCAACAAGGUUGUUAGGAUUCUGAGUUUCGGGAAGAAAAUUGUAAAUCGGAUUGCGUGCAGCUUGCUGACGACAGUUUGUAGAGCUGUGGAGCUCGAGAAACUUCUACGGGUUAAGCGAAUAAAUGGGGUGAAAACGAUUGCCCAUGAAUGCGGAGCCAUAUGGAAAUGGUUACAGACACUGGAAGAGAAAUGGUUCAAUACCAUGAAUGUAGCUGACAGAUUAGAGCCCAAAAAAGCCCGUCCAGUCCACAUUUAUAUACCUUUGUCCUUCUCAUCUCCUCUAGGGCACUUCGUCUCUUCAGCGACGCACUUGGGUUUGGGGGAAAAUCAAUCAAUCAAUCAAUUCAGACCUAAUAUCGCCAUGACUGGGAAAGCCAAACCCAAGAAGCAUACGGCCAAGGAGAUUGCUGCUAAAGUUGACGCCGCCACCACCAACCGCGGCGGAGGCAAGGCCGGCCUCUCCGAUCGCUCCGGCCAGGAAAAGGGCGGCCACGCCAAGCUCGAAUGCCCCCUUUGCAAGAUCACCGCACCGGACAUCAAGACCAUGCAGAUCCACCACGACGCUCGCCACCCCAAAAUCCCUUUCGACGAGUCCAAGCUCAACAAUUUACACGCCGGCCAUGUUGCUGAGACCUCCAAACCUAAGCCUGGUGUUCGUGGCAGCUUGAAGAAAAUGUUUAAAGAAGACAUGGGGAAGAGU